CAUAGCCUUGCCUAUUUUUGCUUUAUGUUCUGCUAACUUUUGAGCUGCUGAUAUUGUGAAUGGAGAGCGUCGCGAUUAUUUCGAAAAUGACCAGUAAAAAUCGACAAAAAUCUGAUCUCGGCUUACGGAGGUCUUAUAUAUAUAUAUAUAUAUACAUAUAUAUAUAUUCAUGCUGCUUGAGUUAUCUAUACAACUGUGAAGAUUUGACUUGGCGCAUUGCAUGUCCAAGCAACGUAUCUGGGCCAAGUCGCCAAAUUUUAAAAAAUCAUUUACUGCGACGCAUAUCGGUGCAAGUGACCAUACACACAGAACAACUAGGACCUUUGCAGACAACGUCAUUUCGGAUAGAAGUACCUGUUUUAAUUCGGUAACUUGCGUCAGGCGAGCCGGAAUAUCGUGGCAGUACAUUUGAAACGCUGUUCCCUUAGGUCUUUAUUUAGAAACUGUGUACUUGUCAAGUAUGUAUUAGUUAGCAGACCGAACGUGGCUAGCUACAUAUUGAGAGGCUAGAGAGUCUCGCCGAUAUGCCUUUCUCACGAAUGCGAUGAAUGACGUAGACUUAGCCAGCGAAUCCCAAGUAAGGGAACAUGGUCUCGCCUCGCGCUUUUACCGUAUCAUAAGAGUCGAUCUAUCGACCAGCGUCAUACAUACGUGUCUCAUACUUGAAAAAUUCAGAUUCGCAGUAGCCGUGCUCAAAAUGUAAAAGAAAACGAGCAAACUGACAUCAAUUGUUGAUUAUAUAAAUAGUUAUAACAUUUGAAAAUACGGUGGAAAAGCUUUCCUGUUACGAAUAUUGCUUUGGUGAAUGAAAGCGGAACGCCGAAGUUACUGACUCAUUGUGCAACAGUGAAACUUGCCGAGAGGAACUCGCGAUAGCUGUUCAAAUUAGAUGAUUUAUCUUAUGGCUAGCAACGACAGUCACUUUACGUGCGUAAGAGCGGACCGCUUUUAAAUCAAUCUAAGUAAUCCUUGACGUUUAGCUGCAAGACAUAAACAGCAAGUAUUAUGCAGCUUCUUCAAUAUAGCCGUUUGCCAGCUUCCAUCAAUCACUAUUCGUCAAGCAAAAGAGGAUCAUUAGUCCGCCAAUGAAGUCAAUAGAGUCCGCCAAACGUUGACUACUUAGAAAGCACAGGAGAUGCGAACGACGAGAAUCUGUGGCCGUCCUGUGUCACCUUUCUUGACUAUUUUCAGAAUUUAUUGGUACAAAAAUCGUCCGACGCCAGACUGUGAUUCAGGACUGUCUGUUUAUCUAUCUAAACGUCCGCCCUACCUCAAAAUGCGAUUCCAAGGGCCAGACUCAUGCCGUUCGUGGGCCGCUGCGUGUCUAGCGGGACUCACGCAAAUUCCCGUUCUUUUCUCGCUGAAGACUAUGGGCGUUACCUUUGUCGGUCUUCUAUCGGAGUGGCAGUUCUCUCGCCACGAGGCUUCCUGGCCUCUGACUUUACUUACCGCUUCUUCUCAAAUUUGCGGUCCAGCGCUUCAGUUACUUCAACGUGUCAUACCAGUGUCGGCCCUGCUUCCUCUGUCCUGCCUUGCCAGUUCCAUAUCACUAAUGUUGAGUUACUUCGCUAAAAACCUGACCCAUAUAUCAAUCGUUCUUGCUUUCCACGGUUUCUGCCUCGCAGCCAUUUACGUAUUUUCCACGCUCUUACUCAUGCAGCACUUUAAAAAAAGAAGAACAGCUGCAAACGCGGUGACGUCCACUAUAUCGACCGGAGCGACAAUUUUUGCGCCGAAUGCGAUGCAGGCUCUUAUUACGUCCUAUGGUGUUCGCAAUGCCCUCCUGAUCACCGGAGUAUUUGGCCUAGGGGCCGUCCCGUUCUCGUUGGGUCUCCGGACACCUCGGUGGUAUUCCCCACAGUGCGAAACUUCCGGAAGAGUUAACAGAAAUCUUUCUACCGAAGUUGAAGCUGGUGAUAUAAUGGACGCCGAAAAAGAACGAUUUGCCUCAGACGAGAUCUCUUCCCCUCGUUCUAGACGCAGUAUGACAGCCUCUUCGACGCGUCAGCACCCUUACAUGCUCACCCCACGUUUCAUCGUGCAUGUAAUUUCGGUGACGAUAACCUACAACGUAAUGAAUUUGUUCUUGCUCCUUGCGUACGAUCACGCGCUAAAUAUAGGUAUCCCCGAAUCAUCGGCCCUGUAUGUCCUGCCAACGUACUGUUGCGGCGACCUGCUAGCAAGAUUCGUCUCUGGCAUCGCUAUAGAUGCUAACUUAAUUUCAUGGCAGAGUGCUCUGGCUUUUAGCUACACGGUUGAGGCCAUCUGUCUGGUUUUCUUGGUGACGAACUCCCUCUCAGUCGUGUUCAUCGUACUUUCAUUUGUAGUGGGCUGUACCUGUGGCGCCAAAGUUACCCUAGUUCCUGUACAGUUGGUCAACGAUUUCGGCCUAAAUCAUCUUGUUCCUACUACUGGCGUCGCGCUAUUCGUCUGCGGAUGCGUCACGAUUGCUCGUCCCUGGCUUGUCGGAUACUUUGGCGAUGUCCAAAGAAGUUACAAUGGCUUGUUUCUUCUCGUUGCAUUUUGUUGCGCUCUUUGCUCAAGUUACUGGAUGAGCAGAGUUACACGUCUAGCCCGAACAAAUUUUUCUAGGCAAUCUACCGUGGCGCAAAACGACAGCCAAGCCCAAAAUGCGUAGCGAACUCUGAACUACCAUGGCGGAUAUUUAUGGCACGGAUCGAGCUCAGGCGAUUCGAAUUUACUGUACAUUCUACACACCUAUAAAUGCGUUUCUAUUAUUCCGAGCUUAAUUUAUGAUGGAACUAAAUAUCCAACGAUGUAUUAAGUUCCGAGAUUUUCAUUUGAGUAGUAUUAACUGUUCGCGGCCAUCCUUCGCCAGCGUAUUGAUUCAGUUUUCAGAAUUGAGAUGGGCAAUUAUCGAUGUCGCCCACAAUAUCUCGAGAACAGGGUCAGGCCAUUGACCAUGGGCUGUAGUUGGCGACGUGGUAGGCUUGAACAACGACACCUAAUAGACGUACGCAGCUCGCAUCGGCCAAAGCCUAACACACACCGGCUGUCCGACUCAGCCUUCGGCCGACAUCUUCAUUGUUAAAAAGAUCAAUUUCAGAGAAUUGGAACAAUCCUGUGUCUUGAUUUGUGGCGACUGUCCUCAUGGAACAGAAAACAAUGAUUAUAACAACAACUUCUGCUUGUUUUUGAAAAACAAACAUAAGACGAAAUAGAAUGUGUAACACUGCGUUGUACUGCAAAAUGGAUUACAAUUCAAGCAGCUAAUGAUUGCAGAACCGUAGACUAUACCAUGUAGUUUGUUGUCUUUUGGUGCGAUCGCCUCCGUGGACUGGCGGCUACCCCCAAAAAAAAGCCCCUCUCAACUAUGCGACGGUACAACCACAGGGAGGACUCUACGAUUCCGUACGAAUGUAAUGGUGCCAGGACUAGCAGUGGUAGCAAUCGAUACGGUCGAACCUAUAAUGCCAACACGUCCACGGAAAGGUUGAACAUUAGAAGCGAUUCUGGAAUCCGUUACGUUGGCUUCUGCGUUCGCAAAACGCUCAGCUAUCGUUGGCGACAGCGUUACGUUCCUAACGCAUAUAACGCUCGGAAAGCCGCUACCUGCGAAAAGAUUAGAUGUCGGUCAAAAGGGGAAUAUUUAAUUGCUGUUCAACACAAGCAGUACUACACUUCAUGAACAUAUCGAUACAGGAAAGGCGCGCGGCUAAGGAGAGAUCCCUACGAAUCACUGAAUGGCAACUUGGUCCUAAUAAGUCAAGUGCGUCUGAGUGCAGGAAAAAGGACUACUAAAUUGGAUAAUUUUUUUGUUCCACAAAGGCUCGCAGUCGCCAAACGCAUGGUAGCUCGACCAAUCAGUCGGUCCAAACGUCUUUGAUGCGACACGUUCGUCGAAAAUUCCUAUUAGUCUAUAACGCGGACCAUAAGGAAAGUCCAGCCGCAGUUGUUUAAGCAAAAGGUAGGUACGUGAGGCACGGGAUACGUCGCCGCCAGUCUCCUCUUGGGACUGAUGACUGCGAAAAAGGAUAGAACGGUCGGGUAGCAAUUUCAGCGUGGAAUGUGGAAAGGAGAAGCGCAGAGAAAUACUAGUAGUAGUGGAAACGGGCGCACUCUUCGCUGGACGACGACAACGACUCCGAUGGAAUACAGACGAUGGACAGUGACUGCCAUGCGGGGACGGCCGAUGGAAUGACAGCUAUUAAAGCGACAGCGGAUGACUAACAAAAGCUAAUUCAAGUAGCCAGAUAGCAGGAAGCCGCGUUAGCGAAAAGAGGAGCUGCUCUUGGUCUCACACUGCUGCCCUCCUCGAACUCUAAGUGAAAAAGCAGACGAAUAGUGGUGAACCCAGCUGUCGACGAACUGUCAAGGGGAGUCCGUAAUGGUGGGAUGGUGUUUUCCAGAACGGGACUCCCGGGAAAGACGGCGUUAGAUAUGAGGUGGAACAGAAGUAAGGACACGACUGUGAAGACAACGGCGCGACGGAAGACACGUUCUACUAGUUAAACAAUGCGUGUUAGUGGCGAUGUCUAUCACAGCUAUUCAUCACCCACUCACCCAGCCAGUCAUCGGCCUAUGAUAAACACUAGCAGGACAUCCACUGACACACAGGUCACUACGUUGCUACAUGCGCUAAGGCCGGCAGGCCUAUUGGUCCUUCUGCUGCAGCAGUAAAAGGAGACUGGAUGAGUAGUAAAAAACAAUUGAAAGAAACAAAGAGCUGGCGGAGUACAUAUGGCAAAAUACAUAUAGGAACCAUCUUUGUUAUGUGACAAGCACAAAUUAAGUACGCUUAUUGUACUAACUACACGAUCUGCAGCCCUGGCUAAGCAUUUUUUUAAAAUAAUUAUGAAAUUAUUAUUACUGCCGUAUGGACAUACAUAAGGGUAGCUUAUUUUAGUUGUGCAUUAUUCAAGUUAUCGUCGUUAAUCGUGUUAGAAACGAAAAUCAUUCAUUAACCUGAUCUUCUACUAAUCUGUCACUGAAUUUAACUAUCUUCGAAGUGAUUAAAUAGUUACUAUAUCGAGAGUAAAAUGUGCUUGUUUUUUGCAAUUGCGGUGCAGCGUGGGAAUCUCGCAGCAUAUCCUUAAUCCAAGUGACCUACAGAGACCUACUGGAGUGUACAGGACGCCGAGUUGGCUUGGUUCUGGCUACCUAGCGUGACCUGAGACCGACAAACAUACGAAUCCACAAAUUAAUUUCAACCUACGUCAGUCUCAUUAGAGUGGAAGCUAUAUCGAGGCGCUGAAGCUCUUCGGGAAACAAGCACCGAACGUGCAACCAGGAAAUGUUGAUUACGGGAACUUACGCAGCACGUACUAAAACUAACGAGCAUAGCGCCAAAACCUGGACGGUGUUAGGUUGCUAACAACUGUUCACCACCAAAAAGAUGACCGUCUUAGUCCAAGACGGUACUUUAACUAAAGGUCACUUUUACCGAAUCUCACGGAGUGUGUGCGUGUGUGCCUGCUCACUGGGAAACAAGUUCCAAUUCUAUAAAAAAAAAAAAAAAAAAAAAGAAGGGAAAAACAUGUUUUACAGCAAAAUCUCUUUUAUUUUUAAAGGUAAGGUUUUUUCGAAUUUUACCCUACAAGUAUAUUAUAGAUCCAAUGAAACGCCGAUCUUAUUGUCUGUUGAAAUACUCUGAUAUUGUGUAGGAUCAUCAUUCGUUGCUUGAACGCUAAGUAGAAAAGUCUUUCCAUGAAAGUGUUUAUAUAUAUUCUUAUACAAUGGCUAACGACGGUGCUGGAUGUUUGGCAGCACUUAAUACGCAUUUGUGCCAGUGUGUGUUCUAUGCUCUUGUAGCAUCCUGUGUAAAGGGAUCUAACAAAUGAAAUAUCGAACAGAAGUAGGGGUCGGCGGUCGGCCAUUUUAGCUCUCUGCGAUUCGAAUUGGUAAUCCUUUUCCGCCCAAAACUGGUACCCACGUUUCUACACAUUACAUAGAUUUGUCGUAUAAUGGAAUGUCGUGUAAGUUGCCACCGGUGUAACCAUAUGUUGUUGAUUGAAUUGUUCGAAGGCACUUGACGACAAACGCCGAUAUGCCUCAUCUAAUCGGUUACAUAUUUACGGUUUAUAAUUUUAUUAACUGCCAACUGCGGCAUUAUAAAUCGGUUUUUUGGGAAUAAUGGUUCUGUUCCCUUCACAGAUAGAAUCAUCUUAUACGACGGUUUUGAAUAAUGUUUUGUUGUUUUUUCUUUUAUUACUUGUGUUAAUUUAAAUUACGGACAUGAUUACAAGUUAUGUUUGCUAUUUUACUCGUAUGAAAAAUAAUGGCCGCCCUGAUUUGAAAAUUUCCUAUUUAAAGGCUCUCCGUGACACUUCGGAUAUCUCUAGACUAUAGGAAAACAGUUGGGGUAAGAAGUAAUGAAGCCAGUUGUGCCAAGACAAUUAAGGACUCUUUAUAAAUACUGACAAAGGUAAACACGGGAUCCCCAUAACACCCUGAUGAGCUUCUGUGUUCACUGUACCGGCAGUUAGUUAUUGGGCAAAAUUUGUUUUCCACAAACCCAAAUCAAAAACGGUGAUUCAAAAAAUCUCUAUGUCUAAGGAUAGAAAAUAACCGAGUAGCUGCUACGUUGCUUAAUAGGAUCCACCGGGAAACGCUGAAAGGAAACGUGUCAAUGUCACUUAUGAAAAUUAGAAGCAUCGACAGGCACGAUGACAAAAUACGCGAGCCGCAUACACCGAACAAAGCAGCGAUCGAUAUGGUUUUUCCGAGUCGAGUUAGAUUUAUUGAAAAUGCAGAAGAUUCAUUUCAGGAUAGAAUUAUAUUUAGGAUCUGUUAGAAGUUCGGUCGAAGCGCAUACAUCCACAUAACGGUCAAUACAACACACGACACAUUGUCUCUAUAGCUAUAGCUAUAGCUACUGUGCCAUGUCAUUAUCACGGGUAAACCUGAACCCGAAACGUAUUGCUCAUGAACGUACAACAUCAGGCGGAAAUGUUAUUUGUUGACAACAAAAUUUUAUGUUUGUUUCAAUGUGACUAUCUGUAAAGUGUAUGCUCACUAACAGUACGUAUUUCUGAGGACCGCCUCAGACAAUCCUCGCAAGCUUCUCUCUGUUAAAGCAAAGCGACCACAACGAAAUAAAGAAAACAAAAAAAGGGUAACCUUGAAUCGUAUGUCUGAGGUUGGCGCACAAAAUUCAAUCAAACAGUUUCAUAAUUUCGUCACAAGUUCAAGUUAUAUUUUUAAUUAGGCUGUAUUC